UGACCUCCCGUCAGGCAGCGAGCUGGCUCGGUUGUUAUGGUAACGAUGGGCUGUGAAGACGCGGCCUAAGGUCGAACGGGUGGGUCGGGCACUGGCGGUGAGAUGUGACCGGGUCGAGGAGCUCAGCGGCGGCAUGAUUCGCAGAUACCGUCGGAAGCCGGUGUGCAACACGCUGGAAAUAUGUUGUCUGUUGCAAUCUAACUCAGAUAGCCACCCAGUGCCAGACAAACAAGCAGAGUAUUCAGCUCCUUCGCCUAUCACCAGCAUUGAGGAUGCAGAUUCCAGCUCCAGUGGUGAAUCCAAGAUUUCUGAAGUUACCUACAGCCAUCUCUUGCUGGCUGAUGGCGGGCAUCCUUGGUCUGCAGUGAACAGUUACACGGAAACCAGACUCUCCACAGCCUGCAGCUCUACCUUCUCCUGGGGUGACAAUGAAUUUGAGACUGCAGCCUCACAGAAAGUUCAACAAAUGUUCUUUGAGAUUGAUGAAUUACUGUUUGAAGAGAAGAAAUGCUUGCAUGUACAAGGAUUGGAGGCAGAAUGCCAGGAAUGGAAAUGCCAUUUUCCACAUUUUCGAGUUUUGGGGACACAGAUAGCAGCUCCUGUUAAUGAAGCCUAUGGUUGGUAUCCUGGCCGAGAAGAGGGUAAAACCUUACAGCCAAUUUCCUGUCCAGGUUCUAGUACUGCUGGGAAUGAACUUUGUCUCAUAGGCAAAAGUGCAAUUUUCUCAGGACUUUCUCUGUGUAAAGGAAAUGAAUUCAUGCAGAAGACUGCCAUGCUUCCCUGGGGGGAGGAGGAGGAGGAGGAAGAGCCAGAGGAUAAUGUAAUCAUUGCAGAAGGCAUAGUGGAGGACUAUCUGGCACUUCAUUAUAAAGACCAGGAAGAUGACUGCUUUGAGACAAGGUUGGAUCGUUCCUUACAAUACAAAUGUAGAAGGGGUCUGCCUCCAAUUUCUCCAAAUCACUGCAGAAGAGAUGCUAUUGUGACAGAGCUUUUUGAUGAGGUGUGGCUGGAGUUUGUGGGCUGUAUGGAGGACCUGAUUCGUAAACAUUGGGAUUACCAUGCUUCAGGACCUUACCUACAUCUAUGCACUGCCAACAGAAGGCUAUUGCAAGAGGAAAAAGGCAAUUCCAGCCAAAGUCAGAGACACAAAUGGAUGCCCGACAGCUGUGGCAGGGCUUGCACAUUGUCACCUCCUACAAGAAACUCCAAUACAAGACUAAUGCAAGAGACUACAAGGAGUGGUGGACUCCUUGUACCCUUUCCACCACAGAUACAGCUUUUCCCAGCACUGAAUACUUCUGCAAGAGUUGAUGCCUCAGGAAGGAGACAUCCAUCAUUAGGACCCACACCAUCUGGGCCAUGCCCUCUCCUCAGUGCUGCCAUCAAGAAUGAAGUACAGGAGCCUGAAGACCCACACCCCAAGGUUCAACAACAGUUUCUUCCCCACUGCUAUUCAGUUUCUUGAAAAAACCAAAAGAACUUAAUUUUACCUCAGACUAUAUUUCCCUCAACUUGCACUAAUAUUCUGUUUAUUUUUGUUUAUUUCAUUGCGUAAGUUAUGUAUACUUUAUGUUAGUGGGAGUUUAUGUCAUUUAUGUUGCUGUGUUUGUAAUGUACUGUGUUAUUGCUGCAAGAAGUUAAUUUUCAUGGCAUUUAUAUCCUGGGUAUAUAUGCCUAUGACAAUAAACUUAAACCAGAAUUUGAAUUAGAGAAGACACUAAGAUAUUGGUCACAGAUAUGGUAAUCUUAUCUUGUGCCUUAUUGUACCUUAAUGUAAGAGACACAACACUAUUUCUUUAACUCAAAGUUCACUAGCAUAUUAGCAUGCUCCACACUGAUUUUACUAGCCUUCAUUUACAUCUCCUUGGUAAAAACUGACAUGAAGUACUGAUUUAGGACCUUACCAACAUUCUCUGCCUGGAAGCAUGUAUCCCCCUUUAUUCCUGAACAAUCCUACCCUCUCCUUAGUUAUCCUCUUAAUCCAUGUAUAAAAUGCCUUGGGAUUCUCUUUAAUUUUACUUGCCAAGGGCUUCACAUGACCCCUCCACUCUCCUAAUUACCUUCUUGAGGUCUUUUCAGUCUUUAUAUAACUCUUAAGGGCCCUGUCUUAUUCCUCCUCCUUCUUGAUUAAAUUUACAACCUUUCAGAUCAUCUAAGUUUCUUAUUAGAACAUGACUGUCCUGUACUCUGCUGUUGGUCAGAUGUGGACUUGCGAUUCACAAUUAAUUCUCUCUAGUUCCUGCAUAAUACCUUUGUAAUUUCCUGUAAGGUUCAUAUUUAUAGACAAGCAUUUUGGUAACAGUAAAACCACAGCUCCUUGACCUUUAUGGUAGCCUUGAAGAGGGAUAGGUGCAGACUGUAUUGGGGGAAGGGGAAUUAUGAUGCCAUUAGGCAGAAAUUUGGGAGCAUAAAUUAGGAGUGAAUGUACUUGGGGAAAAUGCACAACAAAAAUGUGGAAGUUGUUUAGGAAGCACUUGUAUGGAGUUCUGGAUAGAUUUGUCUCAGUGAGACAGGGAAAGGACGGUCGGGUGAAGGAACCAUGGUUGACAAGAGAUGUGGAACAUCUAGUCAAGAGGAAGAAAUAAGCUUAUUUAAGGUUUAGGAAGCAAGGUACAGACAAGGUAGCCACAAGAAAAGCUUAAGAAUGAACUUUAGAGACCUAGAAGGAGGUAUUAGGGAACAUUUGAAAACCAUUAGGAUAGAUAAGUCCUUGAGGCCAGAUGGAAUAUACCCAGGUUAUUAUGGGAAGAGAUUGCUGCAUCUUUGUUGAUGACCUCUGUGUCCUCACUGGCCAAACAGUACUAUUAGGCAAUUGGAGGAUGACAAAUGUUAUUCCUUUGUUCAAGAAAGGUCGUAGGGAUAAUCCUGGGAGUUAUAUACUAUUGACUGUGGACAAAUUAUCAGAGAAUAUUCUUAGGGACAGAAUUUACGAGUAUUUGGAGAAGCAUAGUCUGAUUUGGGAUAGACCGCAUGGCUUUGUGAGGGGAGGUAGGUCACGCUAUAUGAACCUAAUUGGGGAUGCAACAAAUCCCAUUGGUGAAGGUAGAAUAGUUGAUGUGGUGUAUAUGGAUUUUUGUGAGGUGUUUGAUAAGGAUCCCCAUGAUAGACUCAUUCAGAAAGUCAAGAGGCAUGUAUUGCAGGAAACUUGGUUAAAUGGAUUCAGAAUUGGCUUGAGCAUUGAGGACAGAGGGUUGUUGUACAAGGAGAGUAUUCUGCCUGGAGAUCAGAGACCAGUGGUGUUCCACCGGGAUCUGUUCUAGAACUGGUGCUCUUUGUGAGUUUUAUAAAUGACUUGGAUGAAGGAAUGGAAGGGUAGGUUAGUAAAUUUGGAAAUGACACAAAAGUUGGUGGAAUUGUGGAGAGUGGAGAGGUUGUUGUAGGUUAUAACGGGACAUAGACAGAAUGCAGAGCUGGGCUGAGAAGUGGCAGGUGGAAUCAACCCUGAUAAGUGUGAAGUGAUUCACUCUGGAAGAUCAGAUAUGAAGUCAGAAUACAGAGUUAAUGGCAGGAUUCUUAAGCGGUGCAGAGGAACAGAGGGGCCCAUGUCCAUAGAUCCCUCAAAAUUGCUGCGCAAGUUGAUUGAGUUCUUAGGAAGGCAUAUGGUGCAUUGCCCUUUAAUAGUCGGGACUGAGUUCAAGAUUCACAAAGUAAUGUUGCAGCUCUAUAAAACCGUGGUUAGAUGGAAUAUUGUGUUCAGUUCUGGUCACCUCAUUAAAAGAAGGAUGUGGAGGGUGAGUUGACAUUGAGGAGAUUUACUAGAAUGCUGCCUGAUCAGCAUAGACUGAAUGAGCUAUGUUUUUGCACUUUAGAGUGAAGGAGGAUGAAAGGUGACUUGAUAGAGGUGUAAAAAAUGAUAAGAAGCAUUUAUCGAGAGGACAGCCAGAGACUUUUUCCCAGAGCAGAAGUGGCUAAUAUGAGGGAGCAUAAUUUUAAAAUGACUGGAGGAAAGUAUAUGGGGUAUGUCAGAGGUAAGUUUUGUUUACACAGAAUGGUGGAUGUAUGGGAUGCCUUGCUAGGGAUGGUGGUAAAGACACAUACAUUAGAGACGUUUAAGAAACUUUGAGAUAGGGUUAAGGGUGAUAGAAAAAUGAUGGGCAGUGUAGGAAAGAAGGGUUAGAUUUACUUUAAGAGUAGAUUAGUUGGUUGGCACAACUUUGUGGGCCAGCAGUCCUGUAAUGUACUUACCCUUAUUCGUAACUCUCUUAAAACUUAAGGAUAAAUUUCUCUAAGUGUUCCUCACUGAAAGGUCAGUCAUCUGGCCAGGAUCAUUUUCCAAUCCCAGGUCAGAUAUGGCCCAUCUCUACAUACCGUUUUAAGAAACACUCUGCACCUUUUCUAUUUCUUUUUCUCUGAUCUGACAGUGUUGCCAAUCUGAAGCAUUAAAAACUGAUUUUCUUUGCACA